AUGAGCCAGAUUUCCUCGCUGCAGAGGGAGAUCUAUGGAUCACACGAGUUGAUAUUUGUGAAGCCGUCUAGACAGCGAUCUAAGUCGCAGCCUAUUCCGAAGAGGCGUAGAAGGCUUUUUGAAGACGAACAGGCACCACUCGAUAAGAGACGCGAGAGGAGCGCCUCGCUCAAAGACAGAUUUAAACAGUUCCACGAGAGGAUGCUUACACACCUUGGUUGCAAAAGUACUGACGACGAGAGCUCUGAUAGCGACGGGGAAGACCAGUGGAGCCUCAUCCCCACGAUACAUACCCUACGCCGAGGAGGCAAGUUCAACUCCGUAAUGAAGGCGAGAGUAGCUGAAAAGCACCAAGAGCUACUAGAAUGUAGUUACGAACUACGUGGCGAGCUCUACACGGCGAAGCAGCGGUACAACAACGCGCGCGAGUGGCUGUAUAAUACUGCUCGCUCGGACUGGAGUGCCGGUACGUGCAGGAAGUAUCGAGAGCUAGAAGACAACUACUUAAAUCUGACUCGCAAAGUCUUCGAGCUCGACGAUAACCUAAAUGAACUCGAGGCCAUGCUUCUCAGCUUUGGGGGCGGCGUGCCGGUGCCGGUGCCGGUGGGAGGUAGGUGGAAUAUGAACAGGCGCGGCUCGCGGGUCUGGUCGUUGGAUAAUGCUAGCUACGAGUGGGAGAGCCCGGAGAGUCUUGAUGGCGGAUCUUUAUUAUUGUGA